AUGGUCGACUGGGUCACCCUUGUCGUACCUUUCGCGUAUCUCAGCGUCCUAAUCGGCUCCCUCGCAACAUUCUCCUCCCUAUACCGCAAGCGCAAAGCCAGAAAGGCCACAUCCCUAGAACCAUGGUUCCCGGCACAUCUCCAGCGCGACAUUUACUUCUCCCUCCUACAUCUUGACCCGCCCGCAUCAUCAACAGAGAAAAAGGUCGCGGUUCCCGAGUCCGUCCUCAAAGCGGCGCUCAUCCGCCGCGCCCAAGAAGAUAUCCGUCGCGUCAUGGCCCUCCGUAGCCAGAAGCAGGCGCUUUCCGUGCUUCUCCAGCGUGGCAGCGUAGGCGAUGACCUGUGGCAGAGAUUUUUGCGCGCGGAGAAGGAGAUGGAGGAUGAGGUGCGGGAUGUCGUUACUGAGGCAAACGCAUACGCUCCCAACUGGGGUCAAGUAAUCUUCCAGUCCGCCAACGAAAUGGUCAACAACGAGAUCGUGCGUGAGCGGUUAGAAAAGCACCAGAAGAAACUCUAUGAAGAGAAGGCGUGGUGGGAGAAGAAGAAGGCUAGCAUCCAGGAGGGGUUCAUGAAGGAGUUGGACGCUGAAAAGCCGGGCGCUGUCACUGCUGCUCCUGCCGUUACCGUAGCGCCGGAGGUCGCUGAGGACAAGGAGGGUGAGGUCGAAGCUGAGGCGUCUGCGCCGGCUGCAGCUCCCCCGGCACCGACGGUUACGGAGAGCGACGAGGAUGCAGUGCUUGUGGAGGCUGAUGCACAGGCCGAGAGCGCCGGGCCAAAGAGUCCUGGUGGGGGGAAAAAGAAGAAGAAGGGCAAGAAAUGA